CUAAGCUGCGGCUAAGAAUAACGGCUUUAAGACCGAAAUUAAAAUCAGUUACUAUUAACUGUCUACAGCGGAUACACAUUUUAUUGAAAAAUAGUUGAAAUCGGAUCUUUUUUAUAGUUAUUUUUGAUACAAUGACUCAUCGAGAAAUAGUUCAAGUCUUUGAGCAGUACCAGAAAUCCAGGCUGGUGUUUGCGCAAACUGUUGCUAAUUUGGCAACCAGAGCCCACAAUACAGAAGCGCUUCAUCAGGCAGGAGUGAUCCCCAUGCUCCGUUCCCUGAUGUCAGACCCAGUCCCCAGCAUCCAGCACCAGGCAGUUCUGACCCUGGGUCGUCUGGCAGAGAACAGUGACAGGCUGGCUGAAGCUGUGGUGAAAGAGGACAUCCUGCCUCAGCUGGUCAAACCUCUGACCUCUCAGAACAGGCUUUAUAAGAGAGCAGCAGCGUUCCUGCUGCGUGUCGUGGCUAAACACUCUCCUGAGCUGUCUGAGGCUGUGGUGGCGUGCGGGGGGGUGGACGCUCUGGUUCUCUGUCUGGAGGAGUUUGACCCCGGGGUGAAGGAGGCCGCCGCCUGGGCUCUGGGCAGCAUCGCAAGGCACAAUGCAUCUCUGUCCCAGUCAGUUGUGGAAGCAGGAGCGGCCCCCCUGCUGAAUAUUUGUCUCUUGGAGCCCGAGAUGGCCCUAAAACGAAUCACAGCCUCCACCCUCAGUGACAUCUGCAAACACACACCAGAGCUGGCCCAGACGGUGGUGGACAGCGGUGCCAUCACACACUUGGCAAAGAUGAUCCUCAGCCAGGACGCCAAGCUGAAGAGGCAGGUUUUCUCUGCGCUCAGUCAGAUUAGCAAGCACUCGGCCAGUAUGGCACAGCUGGUGAUCGAGGCUGAGGUUUUCCCUGCAGCCUUGAUCUCCCUCAAAGAUCCAGAUGAGUAUGUCAGGAAGAAUGCGGCAACCCUGACCAGGGAGGUAGCCAGACAUUCACCAGAGCUCUCCCAGCUAAUCGUGAGCUAUGGUGGGCUGUCGAAAGUGGUUGACUUUCUUGGAGAGAGCCAUGGACAGACCCGUCUCCCGGGGAUCAUGACGCUAGGAUUUAUAGCUGCUCACAGUGAAAGCCUUGCCAUGGCUGUCAUCCAGUGUAAGGGGGUGCCCCAGCUGGCCCUGUGCCUCUCAGAGGAGUCUGAGCAGCACAUGAAGGCGGCCACAGUGUGGUCAGUAGGUCAGAUAGGUCAGCACACCACUGAGCAUGCCAAGGCGGUGGCCACAGCUAACCUGCUGCCCAAACUGCUGGAGCUCUACAUGGAUGCAGGCAGCUCAGAGGAUCUGAAGGCCAAAAGUGAGAAAACCCUGAAGAAAAUCCUGCUGAAGUGCACCUACAUCCCAGCUCUGGAACCACUUCUCUAUGAAGCUCCCAGCAACAUCCUCGAACACGUCGUCUGCCAGUUUAGCAAGGUGCUCCCUCAUGACAGCAAGGCCCGCCGUCUGUUCGUGACCAGCGGAGGACUGAAGAAAAUCCAAGAGAUCGACGCUGAGCCAGGAUCCACCCUCAAGGAGUACAUCGACACCAUCAAGCGCUGCUUCCCCGAGGAGAUAGUCAGGUACUACUCACCAGGCUACUCAGAGGUCUUGAUGCAGCAGCUAGAGAGCUACCAGACCGACGUGAAACAUGUUGAAGAUGAAAUAUUUUGA